AAGAUAGGGGAGGGCUGUACGAGAGCGAGAGAAACAAAACGUGACUAGGCACCCAAAGCGUCCUGUUAUGCAACUACUGACCUACUAACAUACAUUUGGAGACGGAGCGAGAGAGAGGGAGGAAAUAGGAGCAACUCAACAACAUAACACGAGGAACCACUGCAAAAUAAUCUAAACGCUACCCGACGACACACUCGGACACCCAGGACUUUUGCGUAGAGUGCAGACCCCUUUGCAUUUCUGCUCUAAUUCUUCACGACACAGAUAAAGGAAUUCAUACCGAACGCGCUGCAGCGAAUAUAGUGGAAUUUUGUUCAUCAAAGAGGAUCUUUUCAUCUUCCUAGCAGCUGGAGGUAGAGUGAGGGAGAGGCUGUUCCCCUCCCUGAGAGACUCCCAGGCAGAGGUAGACCGAGUGACCUACAUCCGGCAGCACGCUUGGGGCACUUGGACACAUCUCCGUCUGGCUCCCAACGGCUCCUUUACUGAAAGCAAACAAACAAACAAAGAAGGAAUUUUGAUCCUCGAGGCUGACGUUGAACAUUGAGCAUAGCCCCUAGGAAAAAGGUGCCAACUAAUCCACUUGGAGGAGUUUCUUAAGCUUGUAAAUGUGGGGUGUUGACUCCGAUUUCUACCUCUUUUUGAUUUUCCUUGGCUAUUUGGACACGUGAAAAGUUAUUUGAAGGGCAACUCCCAUUUAACCAAUGAGUUUCCUUCUUUCUGAAGCUCAAACACCUCCCAGGUUUUUCAGAGAUCCAGAAACCUAGAUUGUAUUUGCUCAAGCAACACAGAAGAAGACACUGUACCUUCACAUCUGCGCUGUCACAACCACCACCCCCUUCAUCUUGACCCUUCCCUCUUCCUCGAUUUCUUCCCAUCGAGUUGGAAUGGAAAGCCUGAAUUCCCCCAUGAUGGCCUCUCCAGCCGACAUGAAGAACCUGGACCACCUGGAGACCUACUCCAGCUACAGUGAGUCCCUGCCAUCUCCAUCCCCGCAGCAGGACGGUGGGUCGCGCCAGGGCCGCAGCGGCAAGUCCAAGCCCAACAUGUCCUGCCGGCGCAAGCGGGAGUUCAUCUCCGAGGAGAAGAAGGACGCCUCCUACUGGGAGAAGCGCCGCAAGAACAACGAGGCGGCCAAGCGCUCACGUGAGAAGCGCCGGCUCAACGACAUGGUGCUGGAGAACCGCGUCAUCGCGCUCAACGAGGAGAAUGUGCGCCUCAAGACGGAGCUGCUGCAGCUCAAGCUCCGCUUUGGACUCAUCACCACUGCCUCGUAUGUGGAGAAGAGCCAGCAGAUAGGCGCCAAUGGCGCUGGAGCAAACGGCAGCUCUUCGUCCUCUUCUUCCUCUGCCCAUUACUACACCAGCGGUUACUCCAGUGGCUCUCAGGUGAUGAUGAACUCAGACUCUUCGGAGACCGAGCAGCAGGAGGGGCACAUGCAGCACAUCAAGUACUCCCCACGGGGGUCCCUCUCGGACAUGUCUGAUGGUUCGUCCAGGGACAGCCCAGAGCCCAUGGCCUAUAACAUCAAGCAGGAGGGAGCAGGGAUGGACAUGGACUUGGGUGGUGUACCCACCACCCCCACCACCAAUGCACAGCUGAUGUUCAGCCUCCAGCGCAGCUUGAGCGCUAGCCGCCACCUUGAGAUGGAGGCCUCCUACCAACACCACCAGCAGCAGCAGCAGCAGCAGCAGCAGCGUCACCCCAACCACCAGCAGCAGGAAUCGGUCAUUAGCUCCCCGAACCCCAGAGCCACACCUCAGCGGAGUGUCAUCCUCUUCCGCUCCAGUAGCACCUCCUACACGGUGGAGAGCCAGAAGGCUUCAGACACCAACCAGCAGAAGCCGCAGUCGCUUGCCGCGGUCCCUCAGCUCUCCCAGGCCUUUCAGGGAGGCUUGGAGAUCCUGGCCGAAGUGACCAAGCAAAUGGAGAGGAGGACAUUAGACUCCCCUCCUUACGAGUAUGCCAGUGGGUAUGGAGCCCAGCUGCAUGAGAGGCUUGAGGCCACGAGGCAGGGCGGCUCUGCCCCAGAGCUACUCCCCAAGCAGGAGGAGAGGGCUGAGCCCCACAUGUACCACCAGGGCUACCCGGGUGCCCGUGACGAGGAGCCUCCCGUCCUGACCUAUGAGGGCGGCUCCCAGGGCGACGCCUACUACACAAGCCAAUCGACCUCGGCCAAGGACACGUCGUCGAGUGACGGCGACCUACGCAGCUCCGACAAGGACGCGUCCACCGACGACGAGUCCCCGCAUUCCUCCUGCUCUGAGGCGGGCAGCUACCAGCAGCACCUGUCCUCGGCGACGUCCCCGGUGCCCUUCACCCCAGGCACCUCCCCUCCCAGCCAGGACGUCAAGGGCACCGCGCUGCCCCACAAACUGAGGCUCAAGCACCGGGCCAUGAGCAGCGGCGGCUCCUCGGGUCAGGAGUCCCCCACCACGCCACCCAUCCUGUCCAGCCCUCUGCCCCAGCACCCGUACCUGGCGCUGCCCCACAACGGCCAGCCAGAGCUCAGCAAGGAGCCAGAGGCGGAAGACCUGGACUAUUGCAAGCCGGCCUCCUCCUCUUCCUCCAUAGCGGGGGCGAGGGCAGAGUUCAGCAAGAAGGAGUCCGGCAGCCGGACCAGCCGGAACAAGAGGCAUGACUGAGAGUGAGAGGGAGCUCUUUAGGGCAGCAUGGACCCCCCCCCCCCCCCCCCGUGUGAGACUUAUGGGGGAACUCUUGCUGCCCUCUGGCACUUAAUGUUAUCCCUCCUCUCUCCCCCAAACCCACCCCUUACCCCUCCACACACUCUUCCAAGUCUAUCUCCUAAGGACAAGAGAUGUUGACUCUCGAACAUGAUAUCCCAAGCUGGACUCAGCCUGUGGGUGCACUGUAUGAUAGAUUGUACAGACUUUGGGAACUCCUUAUUACCCAUUUUCAAACAAUACAAGCACUUUUGUAUAUGGACAAGAGAAUGGAACCCUUCAUGUCACAUGGUUUGAUUUGUACCAUUACUGUCUCAACCACAAAGUUAAUUCAACAUUAUGCAAGAGAGGCUUGCUUGGCUGUAAAUAGCACACAUAGGAUUGCCCCUGUAUCAUGGAUUGAAUGCCCUGAUACACAUACACACUCAGAAAUAUGCAGGCAACAGCUAUUUACCAUCAGUACCAAACGUAACAUUCUGGGAGGAGCUCCCAUUGACCAAAGAUGCAAUGCUUUAAGUUCCAUCCUCCGUCUCCUUCCCUACCUCUUCAAGGUCCUUGUAUUUCUUUAUACAUCAUCAACCCCUGACACUUUGUAUAUUUCUGUGCUAUAAGUAUGAAAUUAAUAUUGAAUAACUUUAUAUUUUGAAGAAACAAACAAAAAAAAACGUUACGUAAAAAGAAAGAAUUGUAAAUUAAUGUGAGGAAGGACUGAGUGGGUUUGAGGAAUAUCCAAUGGCAUAAUCAGAUCAGUUGUACAGUAUCAUGGUGUUUCUAUACCACUUCAGAAAAAACAUUUUAUUUUUUUAUUUUUUCUUCUUUGAAGAUUUAAUUUGUCUAUAAAUUAGUUUUAUAUGAACACAUGUUUCCAUUUUAUUUUCAAAAGAAUGUUUGGCCUUUAAAAGCUAUGAACAAAAAUAGCUCUAAAAUCCAUCAGUCCCUUCUCAUUUGUUUACACAAUGCAGUCAAAUGUUUUGACCUCUGUUAUGUAUUUAUUUUCCUUUCGUUCAUAUGCAAGCCACAAACAGGUGUUUUAAAUGUAUGGUACACCUUAGCCUAGUCUUUCAGUCCGAGUCAGUCUGAGACAUUAAAUCAUUGAGAUGCAUAUUAUUUAUUUUUUAUUAAGAGUAAGCGUGACCUGCGUGUUUCUUAGCUCUGCUGUAUCAGUUUUAUAUCACACCACUCUUCAUUUGAUUGUCAUAAAAUGGCCACACGGCCGGCCCUCAGCCAGUGUCUGUGAGGCGUUUCAUCAGCUUCACUCCAGAUUGGUCUUUAGUGAGGUGCAGGUCUGCAUCUUAAUGUACCACGUUAAUCAUGAUAAACGAUUGAAGUGCCCUGCUUUUCAACUAGAAGCCUGUAAUCGACUGUGAUCUUUAGUCUGUCAUUUGUAAACGUGCUGACGCACAGUCACACACUCACAGGGUGUCACACACCUUCUAUGGCCUUUUCCCCCGUGUAACAAGAUGUCAUUAUUUGCUUUGUUGCGCACUUGUGUAUAAAUGUAAAAUGCCCCCCCCCCAGGACAACACUGUAAUGAUUUUAUAAGGAUUUUUUGCUUUCUUUCUAUUGUUAUAUAUAUAUUAUUUUUAAAAAAAGCUCUGGGUGUUGUCUUGUCUUCAUUCCUAUGGCUCUCCUCUUCUCCACCUCUUUGUUUUUUUCCUCUGUGUCCCUUUUGCUAUCGUGUUAUCUAUCCCCCCCAAAUACGCCUCACUCAGCCCAGCCCAACCCUGCCCAGCCCAGCCCCCACUCCCUCUCCCUCAAUCCCUCCUCCCCUGCACCUUCACUAGCCCCGCCUUUACCUCUCAGUGUGUGUUACGAUCAGUGAUGUUGGUGUUUUUUUCACUGAUGGUUUUGACAAAAAAUUAUUAAAAAUGAUUAAAAAAAAAAAAAAAAAAAAGAGAAUACUGAUGGGAGUUGUGUGUCAUGAAUAACUGCACAUGCUUCUGUUUUUGAUGUUGAUGUGUUUGUGAGGGGGAAAAAAACAACACUAAUGUUCAUGUUGGAAAGAUUUCAGAUGGGCAAAAAUGAGAUGAAAUAAAAAUGUCACAUUUCUCAACAUCAA